AUGAAUAUAAACGAGAAACCGGUCACGUCGUUCGACCUUGAACCCAAUCCGUUUGAACAGAGCUUUGCGUCUACCAAGAAGGGUCCUGUUGCCAGUAACGGUGAGAUUCCGGUAAAAAAUGCGAGUAUUGGAAGUAACUCCGGAAAUGCGAUCGUGACUACCGGUGCCAGUACCGGUGUCAAUCCUCCGCAUAGUAAUGCUCCUGUCUUGGAUAACAAAGCCAGGCUGUUAAUGAAUAUUAGUGCAGGUGUAGGUGCGACUGCAGCGGGUGCAGUAGCUGGAACCGUUGCUGGGGGUGCCGAGGCCGUUAAAUCUCCGCCACGGUAUCUGACCACAAAUAAACCUCCAACGAUUCAGUCUCCUCCUAUCUUGAGCCCUGGAGGUUCAAGAAGGCUGCCCCCCUUGAAUAUAUCUCCAAAUGCAGCGAUAUCCAAUUCGUUACACGGACAAACUUCACCUGGUGCUUUUUAUCUGAAUUUACCAAAGACAGGGCUGACUCCUAACGAAUCCAAUAUUAGAUCUGGACUCACUCCAGCAGUUAUGAGUAACGGUAACAAUAACCCUAGCAACAACCCUACUGUCCCAACUAAUGAAAUUGUGCCCGGCCAGAACAACCUGUCUGCAAUACCUGUGGCGCUAACGUCGUCAUCGGGAUUGACCCCUGGUAGGUUCACUCCGAUGUUGAACUCACUGUUGAAUAUGCCGUCAGAAGAACCGGUAUUCCCCAUGGUGAACGGCUCAAAUUCUAUAAACAAUGCUAACAUUAACAGCAGCAAUGUGAACACUAUUGACUCCAACAAUCAAGCGAAGGAUGAAUCGAAUACAAGUUAUAGUAAUAGGAGUCCGAAUUCGUCUUCUAAUAAUUCGAAUAUAUUAUCGACUCACUCAAACACGACUCAUUCACUUAUGUCAAACCACCCUUCUCAGGUUAUAUUAGCUGCGGAUAUCCCACUGGAUAAAGUUAAGAACCCUGUUGAAAUCAUGAAAACUGUUUAUUCCAACAGCAAUAGCAGUAUCACCUAUAAUAAUAGUAAUAAUUCGGAACCAUCACAAUCCAAAAAUGCAAUUACCUCACAAAGUCAACGGAAAAGCAGUACCAAUAAUACUGCUAGUAAUGAACCAGCCGAAAGCAAGGAAAACGUCAACGGUACCUCGUCAAAGGUCAGCAAACCGACUUCUAAGAAAAGAAAGGCUUCUACUUCUUCGAAAUCCAAAUCAAAGGUAUCGCCUAAUGAUUCCGAUCAUCAUUCGGAAACACCUUAUGAUAUAGACUCAUAUCCCGGCGAUACGGAUGCAGACAGAGCUCGUAAGCGUAAGGAAUUCUUGGAAAGGAAUAGAAUUGCUGCUUCAAGGUUCAGAAAACGGAAGAAGGAAUACAUCAAACGGAUUGAAGCGGAUGUGUCUUUCUAUGAGUCCGAAUAUAAUGACCUCUCUGCAUGCUUAGCGUCUUUGACAGGUAUUUCUCCUCAUAAUAAUUCGAUGGGGAACCCUUCGCUCAUCAACUCUUUGAAACAAGCACUUAUAACGCAAGACUUGAAAUCUGCAUUACAAGUAUGCGAUAUGCUGGAACAUACUGUGCUGAAAACUAAAUACGUUCAAAGAAAUGGUGUCAAUACCAGAGAAUUGGCCCAUAGAUCUGAAGAUAUGGACGAUUCGGAUGCUUAA